AUGGGUCGCAAAGAAACCUAUUAUCUGCACAUGUUGAAUUGCGACUCAAUGGCUCAGCAAGGCAUCAAAGUAAGGCCUGUCCUGCUGAAAAGGAACAGCCUGGAUUCGGUUGAUUUUAGGAGACAUCCACACCAUCGCAGGAGCAAAUCACAACAAGUCCGAUUUAAAGAGGAUGGAGCAGAUAAUCCAACAGUUGUAGAAUCAGAGCUGGAGGCAGGAGAUACCCAAGAUCCAUGUGUAUUGGCUACAAUACAAACCUCCCAAGCCCAUAACUUAGUAAACGAUUCCCUCUGUUUGCCGCCAUCUUGCAAAGGAUUACAAAAUAUUGCCAUACAGACUUCUCCAAGCCUCAGGAAGCAUUUUCCAGUGUUUAAAAAGAAAAGAAUUACAACAAGCAAGUCUCUAACUGAAAUGCCAAAAGAGUCUGAAUAUGCUUUUCAAGUCAAUGGCAAUCUUUCUCAACAGGACAUUAUCUCGUCUAGUCUCUCUUACUUGAGUAUCACUCAGCAUUUAAAUGAUGGGCCAAAAGCAACAGCAAAUACUUUUUUCCGAAGGGUACCUAAAGCACAAAGCAAUGGCCCUGUCCAUUUGGGUUCUGAUCAACUUGCAAUAUUAGAAACAGCCACUGUUUCUACCCAGGUCCCUGAAUAUGCACACCUGGGUUCUACACUAGACAAUUUUUCCAUUUAUCCAGACAUACAAGUGGACUUAAGGACCUCCACUGAUCCUUCUCCCACUAAGAGGGAAUCUGAGGAAAUCUGUUCUAUGCUAGUGGAGUCUGAAAACCUGACUUGUGUAAGUCAGAAUUGUAAUGAUGCGCAAAUGGAUCAGAAUUUGUGUGAAGAGAAAUGCUACACUGAGCUGCCAUCUAAGAAUGACAUUAGCGCUAAGGAAAACUUUCUCCCACUGUCUCAGUUUCACCACAAUCCUUUACCCUGCUCUCUCCCAGAGCCUCAGCAGUCAGUACAACUACAAGUAGACACUGGCUCUAAGAUACAGAUGAAUGACAACCAAACGACAUUAUUCACUAUCAACAGUGUGUCACCUCUUAUUCCCUCUUGUCAAUCUGUAACAGAAAACAUUUCCACUAAUACCGAAGUGCCACAGUAUAAAAACUGCUUAGAAGGCUUUCACAUAAAUGCCUAUCUUUCAGGGGCUGAAACAAAAUCGGAAAAGAAAGAGAUUAAAGAAAUUAAUCAAAUUCAUUUGGCACACACUGAACUCUGUGCCCUACAAGGCAGACUUCAGUCCGUGGAGGAAUCUUUGCUGUCAAACCAGGAGAAGAUUAAAGUCCUCUUGAAUGUAAUUCAAGACAUGGAAAAGGCCAGAGCCCUCAAUGAAGGACGGAACUUCUAUCGCACUGGCCAAGAUCUCAACAACUGCAGCACUUGCCAGAACACCGCAUGUAUCAUUUACAGUGUAGAAUAUGACUUCAGACAACAAGAAGAUAGAUUUCACCAAGUUUUGAAAGCAUUGGAUCAAGUGGAAGAGAGUCCUGUUUUGGUGACACUACAAAGACAGCCAUCUGAUCAUCCAGUCCCUGAGAAACAGGAAAUAAGAAGAAAGGCGAAGAAAAAGAAAUGCUUCUGGUGGAUUUGA